GUGGCAAAAUGAGGUGACUGUCCCUGUAAAGGAUAAUUGUGUUAGUCACAAUUGAAAUGUUUUUAAUCAUUAUUUGUUUAUGUCGAUAAGUGAGACUGUGUGCUAUGGGACGAAGAUGCUCCGAUGGUGUCGAUUUUUCUAGAAAAUUCAACAAGGACUUUGAAUUAUCCAUGUGAAACUCGGUGACGUAUUGAGGGGAAACUUGUUUUUAGUUAAGUCGUGGGCUGGGUCGUCACUCGAAGGAUUAGUACAUAUUUAUAUAAUUGUAUACAUAUCCUUGGCGUUUAUGUGCAUGAGAGGAUUGCUUAAUGCGAACAUUUGCAAACAAACCCCGAGCAGAACUCUUGUUAGUCUAAGAAAUGUGAAGGGAAACUGAUUUGUUCUGAAACUAAUGUCUUACCCAUCACUAAUUGGAAAGCUGUGUUUAAUUAUGGGUGGGUUUUGUUAGACUGUUAUGUCUGCAGGUGGCAAAAAAUGUGUUACAAAGGCAUCCAUCAUGCUUCUAUGGACUGACAGUAGCAACGGGAGACAAACUGACGUCAUUUCCGGUAUCAGAAUAGGAAGGCGGAAGCAGUGUUUUUUGGGGGUUUUUUUUAGAAGUGUGAAAGAGCAAGUUCACUAGUUCAGUAACAUCACUGCUCGUUUUUUAUCCAAGGAUUUUGAGUAAUCAGUCAUUUGUGACAUAUGCCUUUUUAAAAAUGCCACCACCACCUAAAAGGACAAAUGUGACGAGGACCAUAGAGCUGAAAAAAGAGCUUAUAGCCAAGUUUGAAAGUGGCGCACGAGUCUCUGACCUGGCUGCUCAGUACAAAAUGGCUAAGUCAACAAUAUCGACUAUAUUAAAAAGGAAAGAAGCCAUUAAAGCUGCUGAUGUGGCAAAAGGAGUAAAAAUACUUACCAGUAAGAGACAUGUAAAAAUGGAGGAAGUAGAAAAGAUAUUGCUGGAAUGGGUGACUGAAAGACAGUCGAAGGGUGAAAAGGUGUCAGAGCCCAUUAUAUGUGAGAAGGCAAGGCAGCUGUAUAGUGACCUCAUCAGAGACAGCCCUGGAGACAGCGCUGAUGACUUCAAGGCUAGUAGAGGCUGGUUUGAAAAGUUUAAAAAGAGAAGUGGAAUCCGCUAUGUGGUUAGGAAGAGGGAAACUGUCCGUGCUGAUAAACAGGGAGCAAAAAAGUUUGUGGAGGAAUUUCAAAGAUUUGCAGAGAGCGAAGGCUUUCUUCCCCAGCAAGUGUUUAAUUGUGACGAGACAGGCCUUUUUUGGAAGAAGAUGCCCAAGAAGACGUACAUCACAAGGGAAGAGAAGAGCCUACCAGGACACAAGCCUAUGAAGGAUAGGCUAACUCUCCUGCUCUGUGCUAAUGCUAGCGGGGACUGCAAAGUGAAACCACUGCUUGUGUACCAUUCAGAGACCCCGAGAGCGUUUAAAAAAAACAACGUGCAAAAAGACAAGCUGACUGUUAUGUGGAGGUCCAAUCCCAAAGCCCUAGUGACCAGGCAGUUUUUCACAGAGUGGUUCCAGGAAGUGUUUGCUCCCAGCGUUGAGGAAUAUUUGACGGAGAAGAACCUCCCACUAAAGGUCCUACUGGUCCUGGACGCGGCUCUGACACAGCCUACGGGAUUGGGAAGAGAUUGGAGCAGCGAGCAUGACUCCAUCACGGUGAAGUUUUUACCCCCCAACACCACUCCUCUCCUCCAGCCCAUGGACCAGCAGGUCAUCUCCAACUUCAAGAAACUCUACACAAAGGCACUCUUCCAAAGGUGCUUUGAGGUGACCAUGGAGACAAACCUCACCCUGCGGGAAUUCUGGAAGGACCACCUAAAUAUCCUCCACUGCUUGAGUAUCAUAGAGACAGCCUGGGAACAGGUUUGCAAGAGGAUGCUGCAAUGUGCCUGGAGGAAACUGUGGCCAGCCUCUGUGGUGCCCAGGUUCUUUGAAGGCUUUGAGCUCGAUCCUGUUUUGGAAAAUAAUGUGGUGGAUGAGAUUGUGUCCCUGGGAAAGUUCAUGGGCCUGGAGGUGGACAGUGACGAUGUUGAGGAGCUGGUGGAAGAGCACACUCUGGUGCUGAGCACUGAUGAAGUGCAGGGUGUCCAUGGGGAGCAGCAGCAAGAAGCUCCUGAGGAAGUAUCUUCUGAGGAAGAGGACACCAGCUGCAUUGACAACAUUCCUACUGCAGAAAUCAAGGAACUGUUGGGCUACUGGGCCAAGACGCAGAGUCUUGUUGCAAAGUGGCACCCCAGUAUUGGCGUUGUGAAGAGGAACAUCAACCUGUUUGAUGGAAAUGUGGUGGAACACUUUAGAAAGAUUCUAAAGAGCCGUAAAAGACAAGCUGCAUUGGACAAUAUAUUGUCCAAAGAAGAACCAAGUUGUGGGAGCAGCAGUGCUACUGAGCUCCAAGCCUCAAUUAGUGGUGUUAAAAGAGGAAGAAAGGACUGUGCUCUGGAGCGGGACUUGGAUGAAGACUUUAUGGAAUGAGACUCAGUGACAUCCCUUUUCUCCAUGUCCCCUUACACCUCAUUGCUUCACUUCUUUUGCACUUUCAUGACCACCAAAAAUGUUCAAAUAUUACCUUGUAUGUACUUUUAAUGUUAAUUGUGUCAAAAGUUUGUUCUCCAAAACCUGUUUGUUUGCAGUCUGCUGAAAAGGAUUGUAAUUCAAAACAAUUGUACGUUUUGAACAGUGUUUGGUCCACUGUUUAGAAUUGUUUCUAUCAAGUACCAGGACCCUCAAAGUGUCUCCAUAGUCAAUAGAAAACCAGAUGGUGCUCAAUGAUGUCAUGGACAUGUUAUUUCACGGCCCAGAGGCCAGCAGAGAGUCAUCACAGUCUCAGGACCAAGUAACUGACACAUGGACUCAGAAGCAGAGUUAGAACUUCUACAGAGAUGUAGUGGGACACUUAGGUCAAGAUAAUAUGUGGACACCAGGCAGGGACAGGAACCAGGUCUGGGUUAUGCCUGGAGCACAGAGACCAGACCAGACUUGGGACACCAGGACAAAUGAAGAUAUAGUCUGGAGCAGAGAUGGAAGAAAAAUGUUCAGUCCUGAUUUAAACGUGAAGACAUUCCAGGUAGUGGUGGUGACAAGUCCUGCAAGCUUCAUGCAUCCUCCACACUCAUGUGUGUUUAUUUAGUUACACUACAUUAGCAUUUGACACAAAGUAAUUGCUGUUCCAUGGUGAAUUUUGAGCCCAAUGUUGUGUGUUUCUCCUUUUUUUGUUAUCAUGGCCGGUUUUCAACACACAAAAAGGUCUUGCAGAGCAGGACACCAUGGACAUCCCUUACAGCAUUAGCAUCCCCAGAUGGACAAUAAUGUUUAAAUAACUCCCUGUACACUUAAUAAAUUACAUAAAAU